AUGACUUUCGGCCGCCUUUUUUCAGACUCAAGAGAUGCCGGGAGAGAAGAAGAUGCAGAGAUGCAGGCUCCUCGGGACGAAGCAUCGGUCCUACCGGUCGGGGUGAAUGCGUUGUUGACAUUGACGACGGACUCGCUCGUUAUCCAAGGUAAGGCUAUCCCCGGCUGCCACUCCUGUUUUUUCCCCCUCUCUUAUUUGCCAUAUACAUUGCCAUAUACUCUAUAUAUUCUUGAAAUCUAUCAGUUAAUAACUUAUGCCAUGGCCUCGUUGCAGACGAUAGCCAUAAUAAUAAAUCUAGUCGAAGUUGCUGCGGCGCGAUAUCUACUCCACCUAGAUGUCGGCCUGGCCACGGUUUGUUACAGCAUCGAACGCACGCAGCUAUCAAGAGCGGAAACAUGGGUUGCCUCGCUCUUGGAUUUGGCAUACGGAGAAGCACAGAAGAAGAAACGGAUAAAGGUACUGGUGAAUCCCUUUGGCGGGAAAGGAAACGCGUCCAAGAUCUACUACAAGGAAGUCGAGCCAAUAUUCGAAGCUGCCAACUGUGUUAUCGAGACCCAGGUCACCGAGUACUCUGGCCAUGCCAUUGAAAUUGCUGAGAAGAUCGAUGUUGACGCAUGGGACGUCAUUGCGGCUGCUUCCGGAGACGGAUCGAUCUUUGAGAUAUUCAACGGGCUAGGCAAAAAGGAGAACGCCGGAGAGGCCCUUGCGAAGCUGGCCGUUGCACACAUUCCCUGCGGCUCUGGCAAUGCCAUGAGCAGGAACCUCAACGGCACGGCAGGGCCGAGCAUGGCUGCUCUUUGCAUCAUAAAGGGCCUACGCACUCCCCUUGACCUUGUAUCGAUCAGCCACGGGCAGCGUCGAACCAUCUCUUUCCUCUCCCAAGCAUUCGGCAUCGUAGCAGAUUCUGACCUCGGCACAGACAAUCUGAGAUGGAUGGGCCCUGCUCGUUUCACAAUCGGCUUCUUGAUAAGGUUGUUCGGCAACACGGUAUAUCCAUGCGACGUGGCACUCAAGGUUGAAAUUGACGACAAGAAACGCAUCAAAGAGCACUAUAAUGCCGUUGUGCAGAACAAAUCAAACGCAGAGCCACGCGAAGAGAUCCCAGAGUCAGGAGGCCUGCCACCCUUAAAAUAUGGUCUUGCAACAGACCCCAUCCCAGACGAUUGGAUGAGAAUCUCCCAUGAUAAGCUCGGUAACUUCUAUUCAGGAAACAUGGCGUUCAUGUCUCAGGACGCAAACUUCUUCCCUGCCUCGCUUCCAAACGAUGGUUUCUUAGACGUCAUCAUGAUCAGAGGAGAUAUCAGCCGAUUAACUGCCGUCCAGAUGCUGGGUGCCUUGGAAGAUGGGGAGCUCUUCGACUUGCCCGAUGUGCACGCGCUAAAAAUAUCAGCCUUCAGGAUCACUCCCAGGAACCCGGAAGAUGGCUAUAUCAGCAUUGACGGCGAGCAGAUCCCCUACGAACCAUUCCAGGCUGAGGUUCAUAAAGGUCUCGGCACAGUCAUCUCCCGGUCAGGCUUCAAGUAUGAAACUGGCAAGGGAUCUUAA